AUGAACACAAACUUCAGUGCCUGGACCAACGAGAAGGAAGGAUCGACCACUGAUCCUACGGAAGAACAAAUUGACCCUACAUUUGCUAGACACCAGGAUACGGAUUUUCCAACGGUUGAGGAUGUGACGGCAGCAGCGGUGGCUAACGCACAGCAGGUUCCACACCAGCAACAGGGACACCAACAAGUGCACCCUCACCAACACCAGGUUAUUCAUCACCAGCAUCCGCAUCAACAACAGCACUCGCACCAGCAACAGCAUCAACACCAGACUCACGAGGACCAUAUGAGGGCAGCACAGGCAGCAGCGGAGUUGCAGCAGGUACAACAGCACCAGCAGCAUCAACACGCUCAGCAUCAGCACCAACUAGCAGCAGCUGCCGCUGCUGCUAGCAAUUUACAAGACUCGGACUCGAACGAAGGUGAUGACAAGAUGAAGAUGUCGUCGGGAGGCAGUCCUAGGCCGUCAAGACCAGUUUCAGGUACCAAGAGAGCAGCACAGAAUAGAUCGGCCCAAAAAGCGUUCAGACAGCGUAAAGAAAAGUACAUUAAAGAUCUCGAGCAGCAGGCAGCCGAGGUCAAUACCCUCAAGCAAACCAUCGAGGAACUCAGAGCAGAAAAUUUGCAAUUGAGAGACUACACCUUGGCCUUACAGAGCAGAGUCAUCGAGCUCUCACCCGCCAGCAGCCACCAUCCACUUUCGACCACUUCCCAGCCUCCUACGAACCAAUCGCACGAUAGCUCUAACGUGGGGGUUCCUGCUCCCCCAGCAGCCGUGUUCAGUGGGAACAAGAUGUUCAAUAACGACAAAUAG